AUGUCUUCUGAGAACGUUGGGAGAAAGAAAUCACACAGAUGGGCCAGCGCAUCACAAGCGACAUAUGAUGGGGCUGAUUGGAAUAGUAGUGAUAGUGAUGAAGAUCAUGCUAUUUCAAAUGAAGAAGCUCAACCAAAUGUUACUAAAUUGCCAAGCUUACCUAAAUUAAAUUAUACUUCCAAUGAAGAGGAGGAAGAGGGUAAGCUGACGGACAAUGCAGAGGAAAAUGGUAAACUACCGAACAGCGAAGAAGAAGAAAGGCCUACAUUGCAUAUCACUACGGAAGACGAAACAGACAGAAGUUCUUCCAAUAAUGAAUCCAAAAGUUCUUUGAAUAGAACUAGAAGGAAUUCACCAAUGAGGGGGGUUAACACAGAUUUGGAUAAUCUAAUGCUGCAAAUUUCCAAGGAAAUGACGCCUAAGUUAGAAAAUGAACCUGUAUUCCCUCCACGAGAUUCACCUACAUCUGCUUCAAGGGAGGGAAGUACACCCUUCUAUAACGCAUCUUCAGUAAUACAGCAACCAAAUGAUGCAAGGGAAGGGGAAAGAGAGGUAAAUGAAAAUGAUAAUGAUGAUGACGAUGAUGACGAUUACGAACUUUCAAAGAAUGGCUAUUUCUCAGAUUAUAUGCGAGAAGGUAGCGAUCAUGAGCCAGAGGAUAAUACGCCGUCUCAUUCUCACACUGAGAGUGACGUAUUAGAUUCACCAGUAGCUGAGGAAAUGCAAACAGAGCCCCAAGCUUCAACGGAGGAACAAGAACCGGAUCACAACAGAGUGGCAACAAACGAAAGAGUUAUUAAUGAACACCUUGCGAGUAACAACAAUGAAGUGAUAUCCAAACCAUCGGUCUUCGAGCUCGAGAAUGCUUCUGCCCCUAUUCCGCAAUCAAUAACAUUGAGACAUACCUCCAAAACGAAUCUAAUACAUCCAGAACAAGAAACUUCAAAUUUCGAUGAAGAAAAAAACAAAGAGGAUGACUACGAGGAAACUGACGAAACUGACGAUGAUUUUGAUACGUUAUCUUAUACAGAAUCAAUUAAGUAUCCAAACUCGGCAACCUACAGCAAAUUUAAUCAUACUGAUGAACCACUUCCCAUCUCUGACGAUGACUUUAAAUUCUCUACCAAGAAUAGACAAUCUAUUUUGCAAUCUUCAAGUGAGGAAGAGGGAGAAGAGAAUGAUGAUCAUUCUCUACAAAAUUCUUCCGAUAUGGAAAGUUUUAAAGUCUCAGAAUCAGGUUAUUUCGAGAAGCUGCUGGAGGAAGAUGAAAUGAAUCCUUCCACCGAUCAAGAGAGUCAUCACGAGGAGUUAGACAAGGAAGAAAAUAAUAGUGAAGGAACAGAAGAUGAUAUUUUAUCUAUUCCUGCAUCCAUUGAGAGUGACAAAGUAGAAGAAAAUCCAGAGGGGAUAAACAAGGAAGCAGAUGAAACUUCUGAAAAGGAAAAGGACAGAGAAAGUGAAAAUAGUAAGUCUGGAGAUGAUCAGGAAACGACAAUAACGGAAGGAGAUUCAUCUAGAGACUCAAUUAAUUUAGGGAGCUGGAAACCUGAUACAGAUGCAAUCAGAUCGGGCUUUGUUCAAGAUACCAAUAAGAGAGCACCCCCAGGUUUUGUAUACGAUGAGAAUGGUAAAUUAGUUGAUUUAACUCCUUCAAGUAUGAAACCAAGAGUGGUAUCUACGUAUUCGGAGAUGGAAAGUACGUGGGCUGCAUUCCCCUCGAAUGGCAAUCCAGAAAACAAUGAAGAUUUGGAAACUAUAAAGGACACGAAAACGUUGUAUGACAAUAACACAAUUUUUAACGUACCUGGAAUAAUGACUAACAAUGAAAACUUACCGCCAUUACCAAAAAAUGUAAAUAUUGAACAAGGAUCGUUACCAGUUGCAAGAACAUUAACGGCAGGUUCUGAAGUAGAUAAAAAAUCCAUUAAAUCAAUACACUCUGAAGGACCAAGUGUUCACAAACCAGAUUCAUAUGAAAUGGCCAAAUUGAGUGAUCAAGACCCACUUCCCGAAUUGGAUCUAAAUGAAUUAAUAAGUAGCAAAGCUUCCCAUCUUUCCAAGAUAGAGCAAUUGCAAGCAUACUCUCAGUCGCUAGCAGACUAUGAUUCUGGGAUACAGACCUGGAUAAAUUAUACAUUGAAAUCCUCGUCGAAGGCGGACCGAGAUUACUUGUUUGAUGAGUACAAGAAGAAUGAACAUGUCAGGGAGGCGUACGCCAAUGCAGAAGAUCUGAGUAGGAAGAAUACUGUGAUCAAUACGGUUGCAUCAGUGAAUCAAAAUGUCAGCCAUCUUAGGAAGAAAGUAUUUUCACAUUCUAUGAAGCCCAGAGGUCUCCUCUCAACCAUUGGGAAGAAGAUCAUCGAGAGAGAGACGUGA